GCGACACUGGACUCUCGGACGGGUAGAGAAGACAAGUUCUACCUUCUCCGUGGGACCUGCUCAGAUCCCCCACAGACUCCAAUCUGCACGGUAUCAGAGGUUCCAGAACACCGUCUGUGCGCGCAGAUAAGGUACUGCCAACGCGAAGCCGCCGGGACACGGUGGAAUUAAUGCUCUAUGGAUGCGCAGAGCCUCCAUGACCGUGGUCAAAUACGCCUUCCCAGUCUUUCGACAGUGAGAGUGAUUCUCCACUGACCCCUCGUUCUUCGCGCAGAUAGGCGGCGGUCGGGCGAAAAUGGAAUCCUGCUGGAUCAGGGCCUACCACGUAUGAUCUACAGCGUGUAUUCGUCGUUGGUAUCGAUCCACACGCGCCUCCGAGUCGCGCGAUAUUAUCUGUUGAUGCGGCAGGGACGCAGCCUGGUCGGCAGUGGCGGGCUUCGGCCCCACGAUCUCCAUUUGCACGGCGUAGCUCGGGUUGUUCGCGAAUGCUUUUUGGCAGUCGGGCAUCAAUGCGGCCUCUGGGUCUUAGUUUCGCCGUGCUGCCAGUGCAUGGGGGCUAAGGAGGAGGGUGGGCCGUCGCAUCCGAGUUGUUGCUGCAGUUCUGGAGUCGCAGCGAGGUGUCCUGUUGACGGCCGCAGACAUUGUGGCCGACAACACACAGCGACGUGCGGUGGAACAUCGAUAUGGCUGGGCGCAGGCUGUGCCACAGCGUAUCGAUUGCAACUGAUCAUCAUCCGCCCCGACGAAAAACGCAGGGCACUCGAGACAGCGCCCCGGUGCGUCCACUGCCUCCAACUUGAAGUUCGUGACGGGCUGUUGGACAUCGCCCAGCCAACGAGGUCCAUAUCGAAAUCCGCCCGGCAUACAAGUCACCCGUCCAACGUGCGCAGGCUUCGCCGCACCGAUCGUCGCGCGCGUGCCCCGCACCACACCGCGCGCAGGGCAACCGGACUUCCGCCGCGCCCCCCAGCUCCCUCACGCGGUUCCCAGAACUUGCAGUGUGGCUGAGCCGGCGAGGCAUAUUGUGUCGACGCCACGCGAUGUGCGACGCGACGGCGGUCAGGUGCGCCCUGUU